CCUCCCAAUAGAGCACCAUCUAUAUAUCACAAACCCAAGACAAUAACCUUAAUAAUACAUUUAUAUAUCUUUUCCUCUCUUCAAUCUCUCUCUCUCUCUCUCUCCUUAGCCAAAAUAUUAACUAGCCAUGGCUUCUACUAACAAGAUCUUUGCAGCCAUUCUAAUAAUGUCCAUCCUCUUCCACACUUCCAACGCUUGUAAUAGUAAGUGCAAGCCUUCUCCGGCCGCAUACUGCCCUAGGGACACGUUGAAGCUCGGCGUCUGCGUUGACGUACUCGGAUUGGUCAACUUAGUGGUGGGUAGCCCUCCUACUAGCAAAUGCUGUGCUCUUCUUGAAGGCUUGGCUGACUUAGAGGCCGCCUUGUGCCUCUGCACCGCUCUUAAGGCCAAUGUGCUUGGUGUCAACAUCAACGUCCCCGUUGCUCUUAGUGUGCUCGUUAGUGCUUGCCAAAAAACAGUUCCACCAGGCUUCACAUGCAAAUAAAUUAUUCUUAAGAUUGGAUUCAGUACGUAAGGGUUACUAUAUGAUUAUUUUCUUGGAGGGGUGGUACUGUUUCAAAUUAUAUACUGUCUAGCUAAUUAGUAAUUAAUUCGUUGCAUGUUUUUUUAAUUAAUUUUUUGUUUUUAUUCUGCUUAAUUGUGAUUUCUCCAAUAUUAUGAGUUGGAGAUGGGUCAAGUGGAGAUCGAGUACGUAGUUAAUGUUAUUAUAUAAUUCGUUUCAACAAUAAGUAGGCACCUCUUUGCCUUAGUCUGGUGUAAGAUCUGUUGUUAAUUUAAUAAUACGUACGUACUAUUUGUUAUUGUGCUUAAA